AUGUUGCCGAUAGGAAGGGAAAAUAGAAGGAGCAGCAGUACGUUGAGCCAAACUCAGGAAUUGUUGCAAGGAAAUCCAGUGCUUGCCAUAAGGCCGGAAGCCCCGAAACUCUUGAAGGAUCUAGGGGAAGACUACUCACGAUACCCCCAACACUGGCCAAACCGCAGCUCAUAUUCAGGAACACCUGGGCCGUUUCUCGCAUCUGAGCAAAAGUCAUCUCUAGUAAGAACGACUAGCAGCACUGCGUUUAGUGAUUCACAAGCCGACUUGGAAAAAUUGGGAUAUCCUAACGACAGCAUCGUUGCCUUUGAUCCUUACUUUGGAGGGGAGAAGGGUUUCAUUCUUUACAGGGACGAAGUCGAAGCUGACGACAAAUAUCACAUGCCGGCGUAUGACGAUGACCUCGUCUACAAACCAAGCUGGAAGGAUUACUUGAAUGCACGUGCGGUGAUUUCAGCAAUGGGAGGCAUCGCCCUGAUACUGGGCCUCCUUUGUGUUUUCAUCCUCUUGCCGAUUAUGGCUUAUGUGAAUAACAUAUCCCCGCUUAAUGGUCCCAGCAAUCAAACCAAUGUCGACGCUGAACCUCAGUCCUGGGCGUACGUUAAUAAUAGAACUUACCCCUUGUUGAAGAACGUCCGGACCGGCUUGAUUGACCCAGACACGCCGGUCAGCGCGAGAACAAGGACAAGUAUUUUUGAUGGCUCUACCCUGAAUCUCGUAUUCAGUGAUGAGUUCAACACCAUGAAUCGAACAUUCUAUCCUGGCGAUGAUGCCUAUUGGACGGCGCCAAACAUCUGGUAUGGCUCUACUGAGGACCUCGAAUGGUAUGAUCCUGACGCUGUCACAACCGGCGAUGGGACGUUACAGUUACGCAUGGACGCAUUUCCAAACCACAACCUUCAAUACCGUUCAGGUAUGCUGAACAGUUGGAACCAGUUGUGCUUCAAAGGGGGGGUAUUCGAAGUCUCUCUUUCUUUGGCAGGCCCAUCUGGAGUUCCCGGGCUUUGGCCUGCUGUCUGGACCUUAGGAAACCUGGCUCGACCAGGAUAUAGGGCCAGUUCGGAUGGAAUUUGGCCAUACACGUAUACCAACUGCGACUUAGGGAUAACUCCCAAUCAAUCCUCUCCCGAUGGAUUAUCCUACCUUCCCGGUCAGAAGCUUUCCUCGUGCACCUGCGAUGGCGAAGACCAUCCUAAUCCAGGAACUGGUCGCGGAGCACCUGAGAUCGAUAUCCUCGAAGCAUCUGUCGACCCAAAUAACCGGAUAGGAGUUGUCACGCAGAGUUAUCAAGUGGCCCCGUUCGAUAUUUUUUGGCGGCCGAACGCCAACUUUAUGCAGAUACCCAAUUACGAGACCACUUCGCCGAACGCCUAUUGCGGGGGGCCAUACCAGCAAGCCAUUAGCGGCACAACGCUCUUGAAUAAUGAAUGGUACGAUGGUAAUGAAUACCAGAAGUACGCCUUCGAGUACAUUCCUGGAAAUUCUUCUACCGGGAAAAUCUCCUGGUUCGUCGGCGAGGACCAAUCGUUUAUGCUGGAUGGGAGAGCGAUCGGACAAAAUGGGAACGUAGGGCCCCGCCAGAUCUCUGAAGAGCCUAUGUCCAUGGUACUAAAUCUAGGAAUGAGCAAUUCCUGGUCCCAGAUCUUGUUCGACAGCCUGAAAUUCCCUACGAUAAUGCAUAUUGAUUAUGUUCGGAUUUAUCAGAAGCCAGGGGAAGAGAUGAUCACGUGUGAUCCCCCUGGAUAUCCUACAACGGAGUAUAUCGCGAAUCACGCAGUUGCUUACAGUAAUCCUAAUUUGACGUCUUGGCAUGAAACUGGCUAUUCCUGGCCCAAGAACAAGUUGACAGGUUGCUGA